CCGAUGGCAAAGUUUGCGUCCCGAGGGCGUCCCGCCCGAGGGACAGCAAUUGCCUGAGGUUAUUAAGGCUCAUUAAUUCCCGUGGUACAUAGAUAAUUUUAUUUCUGACCGAUUUCAAUAAAAUAUUGUUUAUUUUUAAAACGGAAAAAAUGUACCAAUUUAUUACCUUCCCAGUAUAUUUGAAUCAGGUACCAUUGAUUAUAAGAGUUUUGUUGUUGCUAGGUUGUUGCUAUGUUACGUGUUUAUAAACAGAAUUGUUACUUGCUUAUAAACAGUACUUUGUUAUCAAGCUGUGUUUGCGUUAAAAACGUGUUUUCUACCCCAAAUAUAAUGGAGCAGAUUUUGAAAAAAGCUGAAAAAGCAAGAGAAUCAUUAAUUCCAUCGAAAAGUGAAGCCGUAUACCAAAAAGAAUACAAGAUAUAUCUGGAGUGGCUGACACGGAAUAAUGUUAUGCCAAAAGAUGCCACUGAAACUGUAUUACUGGCAUAUUUUCAAGAAUUGGUAAGGAAUAUUCUAUGUUUUUCGGUAGAUUUGGUAGUAAUUUUGUUUAUUCGUUGCAGUCAGAAACGUAUUGUCCGAAUUCUUUAUGAACUAAAUGGUCAAUGCUAAAAUCGAAGGUGAAUAUACAUGAGAAACGAGAUAUCGCCAAGUUCAAUGAACUAGAGGCUUUUUUGAAACGGAAGAGUAAGAGUUAUAAGCCGAAAAAGUCUGCUGUUUUAUCUCCUAAUGAUGUUAUCAGAUUUCUAAAGAACGCUCCUAAUGAAAUUCAUUUAUUGCAUAAGGUUGUUUUGAUUAUGUGUUAUUUUGGAGGAUGCAGAAGUCAGGAACUUUUGAAUAUGAAGAUAUCGGAUGAAAAAGAGUUCUCUGCUUUGCCUUUAUUAAGACUUUAUAUGUCUUUGCGUCCUAAAUAUACUAUUUUCUGA